CAAAGGUCCAGGCCAAAAAUACCAGUUCAUAUUGUAACCGGUACUAAUACUAGACAUUGGUACCGGUUGCAACAACAGCCGAUACUUUUGGCAUGUGCCAAGCGCCGGAAAGUUACGCCGCGUCAGAAACCGGUACCAAUUGAAUAUCAAAGACACCGGUUAAAACCAUGAGCCGGUUCCAAUUAACCCAUGCAUUAAUGGCACCGGGUAAUGGCACGACCCGGUGCUUUUGAAGCAAACAUCGGCACCGGGUCAUACCACCACCCGGGGCCAAUGAAGGUGACAGGCCUUAGGUACCGGUUCAAACAACCACCCGGUGUCUUUGAAGCAGACAUCGCGAUAUUAUUAAGUCCCUGGCCGUCGGCACCUGAGCUCUCAUCUCUCUACCCCUCAUUUCUCUACCUCUCUCAUCUCUCUCUACCUUAUCCUCGGCGCGGGGACGCAGCGCCCGCUCCAGCGGUGAAGGCAGCGGCGCGGACGCGGACGCGGGGGCUUAGCAUGGGAAGCAGCUGCUCCCUAGGAAGCAGCUGCCGCCGCCGCGCGCCGUGCAGGGUCUCAAGCCGAUCAAGCAGGCUCCGGCGCCGCGGCGAAGGGGCGUCAGCCUGGGGCCCUUGGAGAUCCACCACGGCGUCUGCAUCAAGCCUGGGGCCGCGGCGACGGCGCGGGUCAAGCCGUCCCAGCGAAACCGUGGCCAUCCAACAACGCCAGGCAGCCACUGGAUGCCAAGCAAGGGGCCGCACCAAGCAGAGCCAAGGCGAGGAGCGGGAGCAUGAGCCCGGCGAGGGAAGACAGCCGAGCGAGCAGGAGCACACGUGGCCUGAGGCAAAGCACGCACGGUGCGUCGGCCAGCAGCUUGCGCGGUAGUGCACGCGACGCCGGCCAACUUCCGCAAGCUGCUGGCCGGGCAGCUCAAGAAGCUCGCGGCCACGGGGAAGCUGACCCGCGUGAAGAACUCGUUCAAGCUGACCGCCGCCGGACGGGAGCUAGCCAUGGGGAGCUAAUAUUCACCAUAUCUUCUCUUUCUGGUAAGCCUUUCUACCCAUCUCAUGAUUUGCUUCUUUGACAUACCAUCUGUUUACUAGAAAUAUCUACCAUGCUGUUGCCAAUUUCCAUUGCUUGCUCUUCAUGCCAUGCAUGUCAUCUGUGAAUAGAGGAUCAUUAGGUAUGAGAUAUCUACCAUGGUGUGGCUAUGUGCUUAUGUUGCUUGUUAGACUGGUUAUGAUUAUGGUUGUUGCUAGCAAAACUUCUGCACCAAUUAUAAAUGCUUUUUGUUAGACUGGUGGCAUUCAUGCAUCUUUUCUUCUGAGAAUAAAUGCUUUUUGUUAUAUAUAUAUCAUGUACUCUACUCUACACUAGAUACGCUACUAACAGGUCUAUGGACGGAUGAGCCUUGCAACGCAGACGGUGAUUUCCUCAUUGUUCCCCAGAAAGGAAAUUUGGUUCCACUGAUGUGGCACUCUUUUGGCACAAUGAUUGUGCUGCUGUAGGUCCGUUAGCAAGCAAGCAAGCGCAGCAGCACAAAAGGGACGGAGUUGGCCAUUUUUGAAUUCCAUGCAUGCAUGACCACAUUCGCACUCGAGCAUGCAGCAUGAUGCAACUAGUGUGUGCGCGCGUGUGUGUAUUAUUGGCUGUAGCUAGUUUUUUUUUCCGAUCUCUUGGUAUGGAUUUUUAAAUUGCUUCAGCAAAAAGAAUAUGAAUCCUCAACUCCUUCCAAUGGAAUCUAUCCAAAACCUUGACCAUGAAAUCCAAGUCCAUUUUGUACACUAUUCAUCCCUGAUAUGUGGAGGAGACUUUUCAGACUUGCGCGAGUCAUUUUUCUUUUUUUUUCUUUCUCGCGACCAGAUCACACUUGAGGGGCAGGAGUCAAUGCUACCCAAGUACCCAAAAGAUGACUCAACGUUGUGUGCUGUCUUUUUUAGCUACACUACCUGCCAGCCUACCACCACAAGACCAUAUGACAUGCAUUGCCAAAAGGAUAACAUUGCAUCCUAACAAACUCUAUGUGCUUCCUAGUACCACCCUAUUUAUACCACCCCAUCCCCCUGGCUUACACCCUACCCUUCUCACACACACGUCUCUUUGUUUCCUUAGCGAGAAAGAGAACCUGAUCUCGAUAGCUAGGGCGAGCGAGAUGAGGAACCACAAGCUAGCUCCUACCCCUUCCUCCUCCUCAAAGAACAACAAGGUGGAGCAGCCACACCUCUCAGGAGCUUACAUUAGGAGCCUUGUGAAGCAGCUGAGCUCCUCAUCUGCAGCAAGAUCCAAAGACCACAGCACCAUGGGCGCCAAACCACAUGCCCAACCGCAACAAGAAGAUCAGCACCAAGCCCAAACAGCACCACCACAGCAGCCACACAAGAAGCAGGUGAGGAGGAGGCUGCACACAAGCAGGCCGUACCAGGAGAGGCUGCUCAACAUGGCAGAGGCCAGGAGAGAGAUUGUCACGGCUCUCAAGAUCCAUAGGGCCUCCAUGAGACAAGCCAAGGAGCAGCAGCAGCAACAAUUGAUGCAACUGCAGCUGCAGCAACAACAAGAGGUUCAUCAUCUAGUGGAAGAGCAAAGCCAAGCAGCGACUAGAGCUUCUGCUCCUAUGAGCUACGCUUCCUAUUCCGAUUACUUGUACAAUUCUCCAUUUUCACAUUUCAGCAGUCCUAGUAGCUAUUCAUCCCCACUCACUUACCAGACACCAGCUGCGCCCAUGGUUAACUCCGAGCAUAAUUUAGAUCAUCACUUGGUCCCUCUUCCUGCACAGCCACUAGGUCUAAACCUUAGCUUUCAGGGAUUCAAUAGUUUCGUAGGUGAUGAUACGAAGAACAGCGCUUGUUCCUUUGAUCCUCCGUUGCUCCAACCAUCACCUACUUCCUCCUACUCACUCUACUCCUCUCCGUCCGUGACGAUGGCAAGCCACGACCUGUCAGCUGUCACCAUGGAGAACACUUCACUGGCAGCAGAUGCAUCACUACACCGAGUGCUUGAUGACGAGGAGAUGGCGGCGAUCUACUCGAUCGGGCAGCAGCACGACAUCGAGUGGAGCGACACAAUGAACCUGGUCACGUCAGCAUGGUGGAGCAAGCUCUUUGAGAGCAUUGAGGACAAAGGCAACGCCACACCCGGGCAGGAGGUCGGAGGUGCUGCGAACACAACGGAAGAGGAUCCAUUAUUGGUGCGCAUGCCCGGUUGGUUUGGAGAUAACCUUGGCCAUGAGGCUAACGAAGAAAGCAGCUCUGACGUCCCCAGGAUGCAUUUGAACGACUACUACCAUCACAACGUAGAUGUCUCCUUGCCCGGCAUGGAAAUCAGAGAAAUCGAAGGAUGGAAUGCAGAAUGGUUCUCUUGAUCCUCAUUGGUCUCUGUCUGGGAGGCAAUUUAUCGAAGUUUUGAGCAAAAUUGCUCCCGUUUUCUGACUUGCUUUUGAUGUAUCUCUAAUAAUAAAUGGUUUGUGCUAGUAGUAAUGUAUUGAAAUGUCAAAGAUUUGAUCCCAA